AUGAACAAGACCACCACUUCUUUGCCUCCUAUUUCAGACAUUUUCCGGGGCCCUAACAUCACGGACCCUUACUACCCACAGCAAGGCUACAGUAUGUACGGGGGCAUGUCGGUCGUCCCUCAUACAUAUCCGGCCCCCCAGUACCAGCUUGCCACUCCCGAGCAAGUUGCACCGCGGUACUACAAUGCCCCUUACACCAUUCCCGCUUACGGUUUUGCAGGCAAAACUGGCUAUGGUGAUGCUCGGGAUGCGUGGCGUGGUGGCGUCGACGUCCCUCAUCAAUUGCCGAGCCCCACACUUUACCAAUCACCCGCCCAACUUGGCCAUCGCGGCAUGUCCAUGUCCGUGGGUCUGAGUCCGCUGGAUUACGCGGACAUCCAGACACUGUCUCGCGAGAUGUCGCCCAAGUCACAGCACAUGGCCGCUUCGGGGUCCAAGAUGAGGACACGCAACAACUUGCCCAAGGAAGUUACCAGCGUUUUACUCAAAUGGUUGAAUGAACACUUGAAUCAUCCAUACCCCAAUUCAUUUGAGAAGGCGCAGUUGAUCAUCGCCACAGGCUUAAACCAGCAGCAGUUGAGCAACUGGUUCAUCAAUGCCAGGAGAAGAAAAAUCAAGUCGUUGCGUGAAAAGCGGGACUCGCAAUCUUCUUGA